AUUUUUUUCGGAACAUUGUCGCGAAUGAUGUUCCAACCAGUCUUACACGUGUGGCGGUGGAUCUGCACUAUGAUGGCUGAAGAUAGCGUGGUUCUCCAUUCUGUGCCAAACACAUGGGUCAGGCUGAGCAUUUCCGUUCGUAAAAAGUGACUUCAUAAUUUUUUAUCCAACUUGUGGUACAAGCACAUCAGAAGGGAUAAAAAAUCCAAUCCGAGGCCAUACCACGUGGUCCCGCUCCGAGAUCUUCAGUCUCAAAAUGAAAGCUCGGAACGAGUAUAUAUAUCCCCUCCUGAAUAAGAAGAAGGUCAUUGAUUAAACCGUCAAGAGCUCAAGGCCCGAUAUUUGAAGUACGGUUAGUACUACCAAAAGAAAAUGGCGCCCCUCAACCGUCUUACCACUGCUAUUUGCACCACUCUCUUCCUCUGGCCGAGUUUAAUUUAUGGAAGCCUGACCUCAUCCUCAACGUCUCGCACAUGGCCAUUCCCGAACAAGUCUCUAUCACUCCGCUUGAUGAGCUUCAAUAUUCGCUAUGGGGCAAAUCCCUCUGGAAAUGAGAAAGCUUGGUCGGAGCGACGCGGUAACCUGAUCACUCAAGUCGCAUACGAGAUGGGCGCCAAUGACAACGUCUUCGUCGGUAUGCAAGAGGUCCUCCACAACCAACUCGAGGAUGUCGUCAACGGAUUGAACAACCACCCCAGCAGCGGCGGGAAAGACUGGACUUAUAUCGGCGUCGGGCGAGAUGACGGUAAACAGCGUGGAGAAUACUCCCCCAUUCUCUAUCGCAAAUCGCUCUGGGAGCCCAUCGAGACCGAUACCAAGUGGUUGUCGGAGACUCCUGACGUUCCUUCUUAUGGAUGGGGCGCCACAAAUCGCCGGAUCGUCACCAUUGGUGUUUUCAGGCACAAGCGGACACGGGCACUGGUCCUGGUUAUGAACACGCAUCUCGACCACCAGGUUUCGGCCGCCCGUCUACACGGAUCGGAGCUCAUCCUCAAACUCAUCGGUGAUUAUAAGAAGAAGCGGGAGUACACGUGCAGGAUUACCGGUGUCAUGCUUACUGGCGAUUUUAACAGCGAGGAGGGACAGGAAGCAUACCAAGUGGUCACUGAGUCCAAGAUUAUGGUGGACCCAGCUAAGACACUCGGGGACAAGCAUAUUUACGGGCACCGCAAGACAUUUACCGGUUUCAACUCGGAGGUUGGGCUUUCGCGACUCGACUAUGUUUUCGUGGGUGACGGCAAUCUCUGCAGAUGGGGUGACAAGGGCACCUGGGGCGUAAACCGCUAUGCUGUGUUACCGAAUAAGUUUGACGAUGACGUUUUCUUCUCCGACCACCGGGCUGUGGUUGCUGAUGCCCACUCCUGAAGACGACGAUAAUCAUAGAUAAAUGGAUAACGGGGGAUAUUCUUCUUCUUUUUCUGGGCGGCUAUAUGAUAUUUGCUAUGCAAACAGUGUACCUGUACAUAAACAAAAAAGAGUCAUAGUAUAUAACUGGAGGUAAAUGUGAUAUUGCAUUGUUGAAAAACGAAAUCUCAGUAGAUUGCACGCAACCAACAUUUGGAUGGUCAAU